GCUGCCAGGGAGGAUCCGACAUUCCCUCUGCCAGCCCCGGGGAGCAAAACCACCGGCAGAGAGCUCCGCAUCCGCCUUUUGGGGACAACCGCACCUGAGGAGCCUCGGUAGGGGCUUGUUGGCUUCAGGCAGUGUCUGCAGGGGAAGCUGCUGCUGUGACCAUGAUGUCCCUGGGUGUCAGCAAAGGAGGGAUCAUCCCCCCCACGGACGAGGACCGGCGCAGGAUCAUCAAGCAGAUGAAGGUUCGCACCACGCUGAGAGGGGACAAGAGCUGGAUCCACCACCACAACUCGGACUCUGAGGAUGAAAAGAAGAGCAGCCCCCUGUCUGGCCGGGCCGGUGGGAGAUCCCAAACCCCAAAACCUGUUGCUCCCCAGAAUGACAGGUCACCUUCCUCCAAGCCCCAAUCCGGUUACCUCAUCAGGGGGGUGUUCACCAGGACCAUCGACAAGGCCUCGGCCGUGCCGGAUUCCUCCUCUCCUAACCAAGCACAGAAAAGCAAUUCCACCAAGGGACAGAGCCCGGGCCGGUCCCCCUCUGGGUACAGGAUGACCACUGAGGACUACAAGAAACUAGCUCCUUACAAUGUCAGGCAAAGAUCUGUGGAUGGGGAUGAGGAGGACGUGCCUUUUUCUCCGGAUGAACACAAGAAGAGGACUGAGGCUGCCAACAGUGUCCUGCGGCGCUCGGCCGGCCGGGAACGCGCCUACGUCCUGUCGGCGGCCAAGAAGAGCAACGGCAGCCCAACACAGGAAUUCCCUCCCUUGUUUGCCAAGAGAGUUGAGAUAGAAGAGGAGGAAGGACAGCAGAGGAGGAGCCCAAGCGUGCCGGGUUCCCGCCGGUUCUCCCCGGAUGACAGCAGUGCUAAUGGGCUAAGAAAAAACACCCCUGGAUCUUCCUGGGAUGAGCCAAAGGCAGCAGCAGCCUCUCCCUCCAGCCCCACAACGGAGGGUAGGAGCCAAACAUCCCCCUCCUUGAGGGAAUCCCCAGGGAGAAGCUCCCCUCCUGCUGGGAUCAGGAAUGGGGAGGACAGCCAGGUCCUGAACGGGAAAUCCUCCUGGGAAGCCGUGGCACAGCGUGGGGACGGUGACAAAGCUCUGAAGGAAAAGCCUGAGCCCUUCCCGUGGGAUGAGACCCACAGAGCCACCGUGGUUUCCACCAAUGGAAGUUUCCCUGAGCGCUCAGAAGCCAGCAAUGGGUUUUACCCACCGAAGUCCAGCUCUGAUUCCAGGGACAGGCCUGUGGAUGCUGCAGACAAGCUGCUCCAUCGCUACGAGCCCUCUCCUGCCCUGGAUGUUGGAAGGUCCAGCUUGCAGCCUGAUGUCCCUUUUCCUCCCACUGAGAGAGCCCCUGUGCACAGAGAGGAUGUGGAAUAUUCCUUUAAAAGGUCUGUCCUGGGAUAUGAGGAGAGGAGCAGCUCCACGAGUCCUGAGGGCCCAGCACAGCUCCAGCCCCACUGGAAUGAUUUUUCAGGCUCAAGCAGCCUCACUGAGAGGGACCAGGGACCUCCUGGCCAUGGUGCCCACCCAGAGCUGCCCAGGGCACAGGAACCCACUGCCCAUGAGCCCAGCGUGGUUGGGUCCCAGGACAGCACUGGUGGCAGCAGGGACACGGACAAGGGGAUGGCAUUCCACGUGCAGAGCGAAGAAUUCACGGAGAGAAGGUCCAGCUCUGGGCCUGGAGGAAGCAGCAUCCCUGCUCCAGAGACCCCACGUGCCGACGAGCCCGAGCCGUGCCGGGACAGGAUCACUCCAGGCUACGAGGAUCAAACCAUCCCCACCACAGAUGGUCCCCAGGACUGGAGGCACAGUGAGCCUGGCCCAGGGGCAGGCAGCAGGUCUGACUUCAGCUGCAGAGAGAGUGUUCUCAGUGCCCACGAGAGCCAGCACCCUGUGCCCCUGUCCCAGGACCCCCAGCCCUUCUUUGGGACAGCUCCCAGCCACAGGAUUCCUGCCUACGUGGACAGCCAAGUGCUGAGCACCAGGAGGUGAGGAUUUGGGGAGGGAGGGUUUGGGGAUGGAAGGGCACGUUCAGAGCCUGAGACUGCACCACUUCCUUCCUCUAGCCAUGAGUCCAUUCCCAGAGAUCCCACCGUGUCCAUGGCCCAGAGAAGCCACAGAGUGCCCUUCUACAUGGACAGCCUGAACUAUAACAGCACCAGGCUCCUCUCCAGUUCCAGUGAGAGGCUCUCCGGGUUCCAUCCUGACUCCAGCACUGCCGGGAGAGGGAUCCUCUUUGUGAAGGAGUACGUGAACACCGGCGGGUUUUCAGCCUCCCCGCGCUACGGAAGUGGCAGCCUUAUGGAUCUGACUGAUGUGGACAGAGGCAGCUACAGCCACCACAGUUACCUGGCCAGUGCUCCCCUGCACAGGUCCAGUGACCCCGUGUGCAGUUACUGCAGCCGCGAGAUCCGAGACUGCCCCAAGAUCAUCAUAGAGCACCUGAACAUCCACUGCCAUGAGUACUGCUUCAGGUGUGGAAUUUGCCACAAAGCAAUGGGAGAUCUUCUGGAUAAAAUAUUCAUCCACCGGGACAUCGUCCACUGUGACAAGUGCUACGAGAAACUCUUCUAGGGUUCUGCAGCGCUGGGAAGGC